AUGCUCCCAGCCUCGAAGGAUGCACUGCAAGAGAAAUUCGUGUUUGUUGGAGGGCCGACUCUGGACGCAAAGUCAAGUAAUGUGCGAUCGGUCUUGCUACGUCGGGUACUGCGCGAGAGGCGAGCAAAAAGACAAAAGAAUGCCGCGGAAAUACUAGAAUCGAAGUUGAGCAAGCGGUCAACUGCUCAGUCCUCCUGCGCUGUAGAUGCAAAUCAAGACGCUCAACUGGAGGCCACGGGAUACCCUCUGAUACGGCCCAGAAAGACCCAGGGUACCCAGACUGUCUGUUUCCAUGGCUCGCAGAAUCGAAGUUCGAAAUGCGGAGGGCUCCUCGCUGAUAAUCAGCGAUACCUACCAGACCCUCAUCUUUUCGGAGCAGGACGCCGUGACCCGCUCCUGCCCGUGGAUGCCCGGGCGGCACGCCUGAAAAUACACGAGCUUCUCGAUUUCACGACCACGACCAUCUGGGCUCGCUUUCGUCAGCUGGACUACCCUGGAAACUGUUAUCGAGCGUGGGUGUUGCCGUUCGAUAACGAUCUGCAAUUGUAUUCCGUCCUGUGGUCCUCCUCGUAUCAUCGCGAUAUACUGCGCGUCACCAACGGCGCCAUUGUGCCCAAGCUAGACUCUCAGGAGCAGCUUGAGCUCCGACUCUUAGCGCUGCGGGCCUUGCAGCGGGAGAUUGCCAAUGUUUCGGACACGACGUCUCCAGAUUCCUUGGUGAUGUGCAUGCUCUUCCUGGCUGUGAAUGACGAACGCAACACUCGAAUCUUCCGAGACCUCAGCCCAUUCUCCCCUCCCUUUGUCAGCCUGCAGCUCUUGGACUUUUACGGGAGCCGGGACUACCACCCACUCCAUUGGAACAUGCUGCACGACACCGUGCGCCGAUUCGGCGGGAUCGAGAGCCUGCAGACGUUUGCGCUACCCUGGCUGCUCACCCUGGCCGCCCUCAUGAGGUCAGCCCAGACCCUGGCUAGACCGAUCUACCCGAUCGUGGGGGUUGCUGGGAAGCCGUUGGACCUGCAGUCUCCGAGUUUCUUAUUUCAGCCACGCGGAUAUAGCGAUCCAUUCAAGAAAGUGGGCUCUGGGUUCCACGAGCUUCUUACCAUGUGGCCACCCGUAAGGCAAGAAGUUGUUCAGGUGCUGAUCGACCUGGGGCAAUACUCUCGAGUGGUCCAAUACUACUCGGCCGUGAUAUGUAGCCCUGAUGUCUUGGAUCUACUUGGUGAUUGCAGGAAUGCAGUCCACCACCGGCUGCUUUCCUUGCCAAAGGAAGAGGACUUGACUGAGUCUUAUCUGCAAUAUACCGAACAAGACGAUGCAGAGAACGAGCUAUCGCGGGAAAUCUACCUCACGUGUCGUCUGGCUGCGGUCCUGUAUGCGCUACAUGUUACUUUUCCGCUUCCACGAACCCAGCAGAUUAGGGAACUCACUCUUGAUGCUCUGGAGGCCCGAAUCGCCCGGUUAUGCGCACUGAAUUCUUCCGGCCCGGUAGUUCUUUGGUGCGCAGCUGUUGCAAUCAGCAUGUUGGGGGACGACCCACCCAACCGAUUGAUUGCGUACAUGGCCCACCUGAUUGCAGAUACAGGCGUGGACACGCUGGACAAGUUAAUCGACAUGCUCCAAACUUUCGCGUGGGUGGAUGCGGCUGUACAGGAUUCCUGGAAAGGAAUGUGGACAAGAAGAUUCUUCUCUUCACAGCCUGCCACUCACAUAUGA